UCUUGGCUCUCCCUGAAAUUGGAUUUAGUUGAGAAUAAGUCUAAAGAAUAAGAGAUGAGAUUUUAAACUUUUCACCUCCAGAUUUGAACGGCGAAGAGGCUUUUAGUCAUUAAUAAAAAGACAUAAAAAGUUUACUAUUUUGCUACAAGAAAAUGUGGAAGAGAUAGAAAGAAGAGACUAAGGCAUUAUUUGGGGUGAAGCCCUUUUUAUUAAAAUUUGGAAACAUUUGAUUGUAAAAAGGAAAAACGUUAAGCUUUAAAAUUAAGGAGUGUCUGGACUAAAAUAGAGGAAACAGAACAAGUCGGCCAUCUACUGGUACUGGAUGGCAGAGAAAGUAUUUAAGGAGAAAAAGGACUUCUGAAUAGACAUGACCUUGGGAUGUGGAUUAAAUAAAUGAAACAACAAUCUUCUGACACCUGCAACUUGUUUAGUCUGGAAGGCUCGAGCAGAGAGUGAAAGAGCUAUGACUGUGCAAAAUCAGCAGCUCUCUGGCUUUAGCAGAUAACAAAUAAGUAAGCAGGCUGCAACUGGAAACAUUUUGAAUAGAACACCUUUGGAUUCCUCCCCUUCUUUUAUUUUUUUCCUGUUUUCCUUUAAGACUUUUAAAACUUAGAAGUUGUGAAGCUAUAAAGACUUGCCAAAUCAGACUGGAUUAUAAAUUACAUUGAUGGAAUAUAAUUUUUGAUAUUAUAAUUGUAGACAGAGAAGAAAAGAAACUAAAAUAGUUAUACAUAGCAUCUUGGGACACUCUGUGAAAGAUUCCUGGGGAAAUAGGUGGGCCUAAGUGGAUUACAAAUAAACUUUGAUAGCCUAUUUACCAAAGAGGAAGAGAAGAAGGAUCAAAGAUUACUUGUGAAAUAUUUUUUGGUUUGCCUUUAAAAUUUGUGACAGACAUAUGUUGGACUGUAAACUUAUUAGGAAUCUAAUUAGUAGUCAUAUUUAUAUUCUAUUGCUAUAUAAUUUCUACACAAUAUUGUUGAAAAAAAGAAAAUAAGGGUAAAAAACUAUACUUAAAAGUACUCUUGAACUGAUAUAGAAUAUUUGGACAGAAGUGGUAAUAAGAUAGAGGAAUCUAGUAGUGAGAGUGUUACAUAAAGCAUAUUACGGUUGGGUGACAACUGGGGGGCAAUAGUGGAAUAUUUGGGAGUGUGUGGUGAAGUUAUUGUCUAUUCUAUGUGUUAAUAUUGAAAGAUGAAGAAAACUACUUCGACUCCCUCCUAAGCAACACCAUCUGCUGCCCCAAGUCCAGAAAGCCAGAGAUCCUUGAUACUUUUCUGGUGCAGGAAACAAAUGCAAUACAGGUGGAAACAAAAGCAAUGUUCCAAUCAAUACAGGAGUCAAUAACCAAACUACAUGAAAGAAUACAAAAAAUGGAUGAUAAAGUGGAAAAUAUCUGAUAAAGAAUUAUAAAGAAUGAAGAAAGAAUUUAAAAAGUAGAGGAAAAAUCAGAACAGAGAAAAAGGUGGUGAAAUGUUUGGAGCGGUUGCAGGGGGGUGUAGGCGCCAGUUAGAAGAGAUGCUAAAUUCAUGCCCGCGUCCCCACCACUUCCCGUCAUUUCCUUCGGUCGAAGGCGUGUGACACAACAAGCUGCAAAGCUGCCAACACGCCAGAAGGUCUUUAUUGCUGUUACAGUGAUGGCAUUAUUUGGAAGGUAAACCAGAAGAAAAGAAGGUGAGGAAGGUCGGGGCCAAAAAUGGCGGCCGCUGGGGGAGAUGUUCAUCCAAUCCCCAGGUGCACUGCCUAUCCAAACUGGUGGCGCCAAAAGUAGAAUGGUCCAAAAAGUGGAGCUGUCAAUGGCGGUCCCCCUGAGGUAGCAGCAGAUGACAGUGGCCGCACUGGCCGCAGUAAAACACGUAGAGUGUCGGGCAGCACGAAACCCCGCAGCAGCGACAGCAAGACAGAAAGGAGGCUGCGCCAAGAAGUACCAAGAAGGAGCGGGGGCCUAGAAGAGCUGCGGUGGUGACAGAGAACCAGCCGCCCAGUCCCAGCGCACAUCGUUGCAAAAACUCACCACCACCCUCCUUGGGGCGAGGCACAAACCGCUGCGCCGGCACAGCCCAGCACAAGUCCAUCGUCUCCCCCGGCAGCGAGGCCGAGAGCGCUCGCCGUCCGCGCAACACUGCCGUCGCCUCUGUCGCCAGCCAGCACAGGAGCACAGAAACCGCUGAAGGCGGCAACGCCGUCCAGGAGCCGCCCGGGAGCGCCCGCCCUCCAGGAAAGGCAUAUUUUGUGACCUGCUUACAUCAAUUCAAAAGAAGAUCCCACCGUAUUUGUCCCAGAAUUGGCAAUGUUUGGGACAGUAGUGACUGGAAUUGGAAUUGCUGGAUCUGUACGAAUCAGAGAUUUGCUAAAUCCUUUGCCUUCCAGUCCUGUUGAGCAUCUUAAAUUAUUGGGAUUCGUUUCUAGAAGAUUUCUAGGUGAUGUUUAUCAAGUCAAACAAAUUAGUCUGCAAGAAGCUCUAGACAAUCCAGAAGUCCAUGCUGCCAUCAUCAGUACAGAUAACCAAAACCACAGUGAGAGUGUAAGGACAUUUCUAGAGGCUGGCAAGCAUGUCCUUGUUGAGUACCCUUUGGCGUUGUCUGUAAAAAUAGCUCAUGAACUUUGGGAGUUGGCAGAGUUGAAAGGCAAGAUCCUCCACGUGGAACAUAUUGAACUACUAUCAGAGGAAUACAAACAACUGAAAAAAGAGGUAUCAGGAAAAGAGCUUGUGAAGGGAACAUUACAUUUCACAGGGGGUCCAUUGGAUGAAAGAUAUUCAGGAUUCCCAUCUUUCAGUGGCAUUGCUCGCCUCACAUGGUUGGUGGAUCUUUUUGGAGAUCUCACUGUCACUUCUGCCACAAGAGAACAGCAAGAAAAAAACUACUUCAGAAUGACAGUACAUUUUCAGACUCCAAACAAAAGGCCCCUGACUUGGAUUGAAGAAAGGGCUCCAGGGAUGAAACGAGAGAAGAAGAUUAACUUCUGUUUUAAAAGUGGGUGCUUGGAAUGCCUCCCUGUGGCUCCACGUUCACCAGUUGGUCUUUUCAUGCAAGACCUGAUUAUCUUUGCCAAAAAACUUUUGGGACAGAUCCCCAAAGAGGAGCUGAUAGCUGAGAAAAGGCGGAUUCUGCUGUGUCUCAGUCUUGCUGAGGAGAUUCAAAUGCACUGCGAACAGCCAUCAAAAUUCUACUCUUGAAAGUGUGUGAAACUACAGGAAUCACCAUUUUAAACUGUUUCUUGCACUCCCUUUUAAAAAUGUUCUUCUUCUAAUGUGCCAGCUUCUCUAUUCUAUUAAGCAAUAUUUUUCUAACAAAGCCAUGUUGAUCUGGCAACACGGGGUAUAUAGGUACUGUCUUGCCUUACUGCAAAGCAACUUUCUAAUCAAAAAUUAGUAUGCCUGCAUGUCUUUUAGAAGUGCAAUAGCAAGAGUGUCAUUUAUUCACAAUAUUUAUUAUUGAGGAGAAAAAAAUAUUUCUUAGCAACAAAAUAUUUCUCUGAAACACUUUAAAUUCUAUAUCUAAGCCUUUGUGUAUAUUACUUAAAUGUUUACACAGAUAUUAAUUAGUGUGCUGUUAAUAAACAGCUUUAAGUUUAUUUUUGGCCUCUGUUCAGUCUAAGUUGCUUUUUAACUGCAGUUGUACAAAACAUUGAAAAUAGUGCCCUUUCUUAUAUUCAUCUCUAUUCAGCCCAAGACUACAACUUAGCUUUUCAAGAUAGAAAACUGUACUGAAAGGAUAGUGAAUGAAGGAAAAUUUCUGGUUGUGAAGGUGGUUUUUGUUGUUGUUGUUGCUGUUUUUGAUUUGGCAACUAUAUAUCACGAUGACCUGGUUUAAACAUAAUGUUGUGUAAAUUAUGAAUUAGUCAAUAAAUGUUAUUUGAAAAAUUG